AUGCUUCGAAGGUGGCUUGUUGCAGAUCCUGACUGUAGGUGGUGUCCGGCUCCUGACUGUGGAUACGCUGUGAUAGCAUUUGGAUGUGCCAGCUGUCCAAAAUUAACUUGUGGGCGAGAAGGCUGUGGAACAGAGUUUUGCUACCACUGUAAACAGAUCUGGCAUCCAAACCAGACCUGUGAUGCUGCUCGACAGGAAAGAGCCCAGAGUUUACGCUUAAGAACUAUACGGUCUUCAUCUAUUAGUUACAGCCAGGAAUCUGGAGCAGCAGCUGAUGAUAUAAAGCCAUGUCCACGAUGUGCUGCUUAUAUAAUAAAGAUGAAUGAUGGGAGUUGCAAUCAUAUGACAUGUGCUGUCUGUGGUUGUGAGUUUUGUUGGUUGUGUAUGAAAGAAAUCUCCGAUUUACAUUAUCUAAGUCCCUCAGGUUGUACUUUUUGGGGGAAGAAACCCUGGAGCCGAAAGAAGAAAAUCCUGUGGCAGCUGGGAACCCUUGUUGGUGCUCCCGUGGGGAUUGCUCUUAUAGCUGGCAUUGCCAUUCCUGCCAUGAUCAUUGGCAUUCCUGUGUACGUGGGCCGCAAGAUUCAUAAUCGCUAUGAAGGCAAAGAUGUUUCAAAACACAAGCGGAAUCUGGCCAUAGCAGGCGGUGUCACCCUGUCUGUAAUCGUCUCUCCGGUAGUAGCUGCAGUGACUGUAGGCAUUGGUGUUCCUAUCAUGCUAGCUUAUGUCUAUGGUGUGGUCCCAAUUUCCCUCUGCCGAAGCGGAGGUUGUGGAGUUUCUGCAGGCAAUGGGAAAGGAGUGAGGAUUGAGUUUGAUGAUGAGAACGACAUAAACGUUGGUGGGACUAAUGCAGCCAUAGAUACAACAUCAGUAGCAGAAGCUAGGCACAACCCUAGCAUAGGAGAGGGAAGUGUCGGCGGUCUGACUGGCAGUUUGAGUGCAAGUGGAAGCCACAUGGAUCGAAUAGGCACCAUUAGAGACAACCUGAGUGAGACAGCCAGCACCAUGGCAUUAGCUGGAGCAAGUAUCACGGGCAGUCUGUCGGGAAGUGCCAUGGUAAACUGUUUCAACAGGUUGGAAGUACAAGCAGACGUACAGAAAGAACGGUGUAGUCUCAGUGGAGAGUCUGGCACAGUGAGCUUGGGAACAGUUAGUGAUAACGCCAGCACCAGAGCAAUGGCAGGGUCUAUUCUGAACUCCUAUAUCCCUCUGGACAGAGAAGGGAACAGUAUGGAAGUGCAAGUGGAUAUUGAAUCAAAGCCAUUCAAGUUCCGACACAACAGUGGAAGCAGCAGUGUGGAUGACAGUGGUGCUGCCCGG